GAGUUUGAAGUUUGAUGUAUAAAUUGGAGUCAGGUUAUGUUUAAAAAAAUGAAUAAAUAGAAUGAGUUGAAUAUUGAGAAUAUUGAAAAGUAUAAUACGUUCUCACAAAGUUUUUAUUCUACUUAUCAAGCAUGCGGAAUAGCGGUGAUAAAUCCUUUAAAAUAUUACCCAGCAAUAAUAUUUAUAUAGAUCAAAGUAAUAGGCCCUCUCCAGCUAAACCGAUUCAUAUACGAAGGAUUGAACAAGCUUUAGACCUGAAUAUGUUUUUACAAAAUGUUAAUAGCCAGUUACAACUAAGUAGUGACUCUGAUGAUUCUGAUGAAGACCUAGGAAGUCUCAGUGACACUAACUUGGAAAAUAUUUUAAGAGAUCCAGAACCUAAUUCGCCCAAAGAAUAUUACAAUUUUUCAAGUGUCUCGGCUCGAAGGAAAUGGUUAGCAGAUGUGUUACAGGAAAAUUCUGAUAGUACUCCUGAUGAUGUACAGUAUAAAUAUGUUAUGAGAAUGCACUCUUAUCAAAAAUUUUUAAGAAAAACAAAAGAAAACUGUGAUAAUUAUAAAUAUUAUGGGGCUGGGUUAAUAAGUGCUGAGGAUCAUUACCCAGAAAUAGAAAAAAAUCUUCCUGUACCUGUUAAGAAACACAAAAUAAAAACUGAAGAUAUUUCAAAGUCGCCACUAUACCAUCCUGAAAUAUUAGAUGAAAUAUCUUCUAAACAUUUUCCAAAGGAUGAGCCAGUGCUAGAUUUGAAUCUCCAGAAUGGCAUGGAAUUUCAUUCAAUGGAAGACAUUGAAGAAAAAUACACACCACCUGACUAUGGACUUGUUAUUGCUAACCAAUCAGUACCAGUAUCCCAAAUGAACCCGAAUUUACCAAAGAAAAAGGCCAAGAAGUUCAAAGAUGAGGAGUCCAGAAGGAAAUGGGAGGAUAUGAUGACAAUUAAAAGAAGAAAACUGUUUACCAGCAUUGUGAAGAAGGAAAUUGGAAAGCAGCAUAGAUCUAAAAUCAAUAAGCAUAAGGAAAUGUUGCUGCAGUGCAAAAGAGUUGCUUCCCAUUGCGUGAAGUAUGCCAGACAGAAGGCACUUCAGAGUGCGAGAAUCGUAAAGGAACAGCAAUGGCGAAUGAAGCGUCUGGCUAGAGAAAACAUAGCGUACUGGAAACGUUCCCGUCGUUUUGACCGGGAGGUGAAGAAGCGUUUAGAAAAGGAAGCAGAAGAACAGCGAAAAAUCGACCAUGAACUUGUCGAAGCCAAGCGGCAGCAAAGGAAACUUAAUUUCCUUAUUACUCAGACGGAAUUGUAUGCCCAUUUUAUGUCCAAGAAGCUGGGACAAGUAUCGCCUGAAGAACAGUUGAGAAUCUUAAGUCAGUUAGACGAAGAGAGCUCUACCAAACUGGCGUGCGACACCUACGAUAGCGACAACAUGAAAGAGGUCGCGAAGAAAAACGCCCUGGAUGCGUUCCAAAGUGAAAAGGCAAGAACCAUGCAUUUUGACCAGCAAGCAAAUUCCUGUCUUGGAGAUUUCGACAAUCUUGAAGGGGAACAACCUCAACCUGAUAUGUUUAGAGGCCAAUUAAAAGGAUACCAACUUAGAGGAAUGAAUUGGCUAGCCAAUUUAUACUCUCAGGGGAUUAGUGGCAUUUUAGCAGAUGAGAUGGGUCUUGGUAAAACUGUCCAGAGCAUAGCCUUUCUUUGCCACAUCGCUGAAAAAUACUCGGUCUGGGGUCCUUUUCUAAUAAUAUCUCCUGCCUCCACUCUCCACAACUGGCAACAAGAAAUAGCAAAAUUUGUGCCGGGCUUCAAGGUGGUUCCUUAUUGGGGAAACCCAAAUGAAAGAAAGAUUCUAAGGCAAUUUUGGGAUCAAAAAGACAUGUACACCAAAGACGCGAGUUUUCACAUAGUCGUUACCUCAUACCAGAUAGUAAUAACCGAUAUAAAGUAUUUCAAUAGGAUAAAAUGGCAAUAUAUGAUCUUAGAUGAAGCUCAGGCUAUUAAAAGUACGAGUUCUAUGAGAUGGAAGACGCUUUUGGGUUUUAGUUGCAGAAAUAGGUUGCUAUUGAGUGGUACUCCUAUACAAAACAGUAUGGCUGAACUUUGGGCGUUGCUGCAUUUCAUUAUGCCCACGUUGUUUGACUCUCACGAAGAAUUUAAUGAAUGGUUUUCCAAGGACAUCGAAAGCCAUGCUGAGAACAAGACAGGCAUUGAUGAAAAGCAUCUCUCACGAUUGCAUAUGAUCCUAAAACCGUUUAUGUUGAGAAGAAUCAAGAAAGAUGUAGAAAAUGAGCUGUCUGAUAAAAUCGAAGUAAUGGUAUAUUGUCCAUUGACCACCAGACAGAAUUUGCUAUACUUGGCGUUGAAACAAAAAAUCAAAAUAGAAGAUUUACUGCACUACACCGUUGGCGGAGGUGAUUCCCACACAGUCGAUAAGAAUUUCACAUCUAAUUUGAUGAAUUUGGUUAUGCAAUUCCGAAAAGUUUGCAACCACCCUGAACUUUUUGAAAGGAGAGAUGCGAAAUCCCCAAUAAGGGUCUCCCCAGUACAAUACAACAUACCAUAUCUCAUUUAUGACGAAAAUAUCAGGCAAAUAUUGAUGCAAAAAAUUAGCAGAUACUUCAUUUUCACACCGGACUAUACGUCUAAAUGCAUCAGAGAGGAUUACAGCAACUCCAUCUUCAAUUUCUGCUUUAGUGUGAACUUAUCUUUUAAGGAUAUUUAUCACAUAUUUCUAGGAGACGUGUUGCACAGAUGGAGGCAUUAUUAUGACACUGAGAAAACCGACGAGAUAAUUUAUCAUAGAAAGGUAUGGAACCCUAAGUCAACACGGGAGCCUACUUUGCGGCUGAGAAACUUCUUCAGACUGAAUAAAUGGCAAAUAAAAACCAGUUCAAUUCUUAGCGAGAUAAUUUUCACCGAACAAAAUAGGGGGAAUAGAGUUUUCUAUACUCAUGCUGAUCACUACUACCAUUCCAUGCCUGAAACCGUUGAACACAAAAAUAUCAGGUUAAAAAAGGAAUUUUUGCUGGAAGAUAAUACUGUUGUCGAUGUUGUUAAUGAAGACGGACCUAAACAAUUACAAAAUUCUCUGACUGAUUUUCCUUAUAUUAAAAGGCCAACGCAAGUGUUCAAAUGUACUAAGACUGAAUUACCCGGAUUUUUAUUUUAUAAUAUGCCUAGAGUAGCGACAGGCCCGAUAGAUUUAUACUGUUAUUCCCGUAGAGCAGCUUGGGAUCUGAAACGACACAUAGACGAUUAUAGUUUCAAUUCUCUAAAUUAUUAUUGGUCGAAAGUAACUGAUAAUGCAUUCAAUUACAAAUCAUCUCAGAGUUUACAUCCAGCACCAUUCAGUUGUGCUGAUAACGUUAAGCCCAUUAAUGGUUGGUCCAGCGUCGUUAUUCCAGAUAAGGAAAGUUUAGUCACGGAUUCUGGAAAAUUGUCAGUUUUGGAUGGACUGUUAAAGAGGUUGAAAGAAGAAGGACACAGGGUUUUGAUUUAUUCUCAAAUGACUAAGAUGAUCGAUCUUUUAGAAGAGUACAUGUGGCACAGGCAUCAUAAAUACAUGAGACUGGACGGUUCAUCCAAAAUCUCUGAACGAAGGGAUAUGGUUGCUGAUUUUCAAGCUAGAACAGAUAUUUUUGUGUUUCUACUUUCUACAAGGGCGGGUGGUCUUGGUAUCAACUUAACGGCAGCAGAUACGGUCAUUUUUUAUGACAGUGAUUGGAACCCCACUGUGGACCAACAGGCGAUGGACAGGGCCCACCGAUUGGGUCAGACCAAGCAGGUGACAGUCUACAGAUUAAUUUGUAAAGGUUCUAUUGAAGAGCGUAUCCUUCAAAGGGCUAGAGAAAAAAGCGAGAUUCAAAAGUUAGUCAUCAGCGGAGGAAACUUUAAACCAGAUACGCUCAAGCCCAAAGAAGUUGUAUCUUUGCUGCUAGAUGAUGACGAAUUAGUUCAAAAAUAUCAUUUGAAAAUCGAGAAUCCUUCGGAGGAAGCUAAAGAAUUAGAGAGAAAACGAAAGUUACAGUAUAAGACAAUACCAAGUAGUUUAGAAGUCAAAAGAUUUAAGCAAGAACCGGCGUUUAACAUAGAAGAUGGUGUCAAUACUACUACCAUUGAAAGUGCACCUAACAGCCCUCGAAGUGUCCAUUCUAAUGAUUUGGGAGACGAUGUUGCGGAUAUGUACAAUGACGAUGCUGACUCACCGAUUACGAACAAAUAUACGGUCUACAAUGUAUAUGGAUCGACAGUAAAGCCAAGGCUCACAGGCAGGGGCUCUUCGAGAAGAGGCAGGCCUAGGGGUUCUCGGAGUCGCACUUCAGGUCUUAGUAGAAACACCUCAAAUAAUGCGCCUUCGUCUUCCAGUGGCGUUUUUUCCAGUGAUCCGGUACCAACAGAUACGUCUUCAAUAUCAUCAUCGCAGUCAUCACCUUCAGGUACGUUCAUGGACGUUCCCAUAUCGAAUCCAGGAAGCAGUCCGAAUACGCAUACGACAACAAUUCGAAGAGGUCCUGGUAGGCCUCGCUUAAAACCCGGCGGCCCUCCUAACGCUGGUUCUAGAGGGACUUACAGACCCCGCAAGCCUGCCAAGCCGCUUCCGGUACCUUUGCCCUCGGACGGUACAAAUCUAAGCUCAAAUGUUAAUAGUAAUGCGCAGUAUUCCAGUUACUCUUUUUAUGAUUUUCCAGACGACUAGAGUUUAUUAUUAUCUUCAUACAUUUUUGUUGUCUUAACAUUCUCAGUGUGACGCAAGUAUGGUGCACUUAAUCAUUCGUUCUCUGAUUUAUUUUUCGUAACAAAAUCUUACCAUAUUUGGAUUUCAAUUGUAAAUUUAAAAUAAUUUAUUUUUCUUUAAUUUAGAUAAUAAUUUUAUAAGAUGGUAUAUGUAAUUAAUAUGCAAAAAUAAUGGAUCGGUUUAAAUAUGUUUAUAAUUAUUCUAACAGUCACUAAAAAAAGUAUAAAAUAGAAAAUAAACUUUGUAGAACGUUUGAGUUAUGUCAAGAAAUCGGCUGCUAUCCUUUAAUGACAUCUUUAAUAUGAUGGUCUUGGUUUAUUAUAGUUGUUUUUGUCUACAAGCAAAUUGGUGGUUUUUGUUAUCGAUUUUAGUGUUUAAGAGCAAUUUUUCUGAUAAUAGGGAUAUGGGCCGACAUACUGACGAAGGUGAGACCGAACCCUAUUUUUGCUUUGUCAUUGUUCUUGAUGGGCUGUGAAUCUGACACUUACUUUUUGAAUAUUAGAGCUAAUUUUUUUAACGAGGUAAUCUUUGUAUAUAUCUUCGGUACCAAUUAAGCGAUUUUUAUCUUUUUUCUUCUUUUUAAUUUAUGUGAUAGUUAAAGAUUAAAGAUUCCUAUUAACAGUAGUUCCAAUUUAUUUUUAUUACGAUGGUAAGUAGUCUUUAGACAUAAAUGGGCUGCGACGAAAGUAACUAAUAAAAAAAGCUAUUUAUUAGUUACCUUUACCGCGCAUUGUAUUAGGUAUUUUUUGCACAUUAUUUUUUAACGUAACACCAAAUCAUUAUAACUAUUAUUUAAUCGACUUCCUGAAUACACGGAAAAUUUUCCGUAUUUAAUUUCGAUACUUUAUUUUAUUGUAAGUAAUUUAAAGUUUGAAUAUAAGUUAGGGCUAUUUUUCACUUUAUUUAUUUUUACUUUAUACAAUGUUUUCGAAAUAAUAUUGAGAUUUAUUAUUUGUACAAUUGUGGAAAAACUGAUCUCUCAUUUUAUGUCAAAUCCUGGGAAAGUGCAACAUACUUUUGUCCACAGUGUUGUAUAUAUUAUAUUGACGUAAAAUUUACAAUUCUAGUCUUUCAUUUGUGCUAAUUUCUUGUUUAGAGCAACAUGAAUAUCUCAUUUAAUUUCGAUUUUGAAUCUUGAGUUUUUAGGUUCUUUAUUUUACAGAAAAGCACACAUGGUAUGUGGACUGUUCACAAUUAGAAUGUUUUUUUUUUAUUAAAUUGUGUUUCCUCAACGAAUUGGCUAAAUCUGAAAAGUUACCACAUAAACUGACCAGAAAUUUCCCACUGCAUAAUCUCGUCCUGUUCUUAAAUCUCCUACAUCAAAGAUUUGGAAAAUUACCUUUUCGAAAUUUUUAAUUUAGGUAAAUGUAAAUAUAUAGAAAAUAUAUUUGUAUAUAUAUAUUUGUUUGCAGGAGCUUUAAUUUUCAAUGGGAUGGAUCAAAAUGAAAUAGCAGAUAAAAUGGUAUGGGGCCAUGUGAAACGGAUAUCGCCUAUUCUCUGUUGAUUAAAAAAUUCAUUUUAUUUUAUAUUUCCUUGUCAACAUUUUUAUUAAUCAUGGUAAUCAUUGCAGUGGAAAAUUUUCCACUUCUGAGUGUAAACUCCAGAUUUAGCCAGUUGGUUGAUUUAAAAAUAAAAAUCGGAACUGAAUCGAAAUUGUCCAUUUAAUCAAUAUUUAUUAAAAUAUUUAUUAUAAUACGUUCGAUUGUCCAUUUUUUCUUUUUUUGUAGGGACAUUUAUAUCUGCCUAUAAACAGUGUAAAUAUUGUAAUUCUAAGUAUUGAUUUAAGUAUUAAGCCGUUAAAUAAAUAUUUUUGAGAUAGAAUAAAUUUAUUUAGUAGGUAGGUAGAAGAAUAUAUGCUCG